AUGGCGCCGCUUCGGCGUAUGGCCUCGCUUCGCUACCUUCAGGUAUCAUCCUACGAAGUUCAUCCCGGAUGGCCUCUAUGGUCUCCUCGAGUGGUUGAGGAGGAGAAGGGUGAUGGCUCAACUUGGUUGGUUGCCAGAUUGUUGCAUUUCUUGAUUGGACUCAAAAGGCUUGAGUUUGUCGCCAGUUGGAAGGUGCUGGUGAUUUUUGAUGUGGUUGGAGAAAUUCGUAUGGAUGAAGGUUUGAAGCAGUCGAGAAAGAUGAAGAUCCAGGCCACGCUCACCUUCCAGGUGCAUCGUCAACACCUCUGCGACCCAGGCUUCUGGGCCAUGGCCUUUGGGCAAUGGGUCCCCAACGCCACGGAGUAUCACCGCGCGGAGGUGCCCGAGCCGCCGGUCGGGCUUCGGGUGGUCGAUCCUCCGGGCUCACCGCCAUCUGGGAGCAACCUGCGACUUUUGUGGGGCUCUUUCGAAUUGGACAUGGAUGUGCUCUAUGACGUGUUAUUGCCGUGGUUGGCGGGCGUGUCCUUUGGCCGUCUCACUGAGAAGUUGGAGACUCCCAGUGAUGAGGGCAGGUGGCGUACACCAUGUGACUCGGUGAAAGGGGGUGGGCUGGGCACGGGGGGAUGGUUUGGAUGCGCCAAGUGGAGCUCAGAUCAUGAACUUCUGUGUCCAGGGUUUUUGUAA